AUGUCUUCAAUCAGAGAUAUGCUGCCCCAGCUGGCACGCGAUGCCCUUGCUCAGGUCGACGACAUGAAAUUUUUUCUGGCGACCGCACCGGCAAACUGGCAGCCGGGCCAAAUUAUCCGGCGCUACUACCUGCCCACCGAGGAGUUCAUCAGCUGCGUGCUCUGGAAGGGCCUCUAUCAUAUCACAGGAACAGACAUUGUUCGAUGCAUCAGCUUCCGGUUCGAGGCGUUUGGACGGUCGAUAAAAAACCGCAAAAAGUUCGAAGAGGGCAUUUUCUCCGAUCUGCGCGGUCUCAAGUGCAACAGCGACGCCGUGCUCGAGUCGCCCAAAUCGCCGUUCCUCGAGUUUCUGUACAAAAACAGCUGCAUUCGAACACAAAAGAAACAAAAGGUCUACUACUGGUUCAGCGUGCCCCACGACCGGCUGUUCGUCGAUGCUCUGGAACGAGACAUGCGACGGGAGCUUAACAACCUAGAACCCACGACCGAAGCUCACGCCGAGCCCGCUAAGAGCUUCAACUUUGAUCUCAACGAAAGUCUCUAUGAGCAGCUUAUGAAGGUGACCAACGGAGACGGGAUGCCAGCGGUGGGCUCUCUUCCCGGAGGAGGACAUAGUGGACAACAGGCGGGACCUUCCGCCAGUGGAGUUGGAGGUGCAGGAGGCCCAGGUGAUGCUCCAGGCAGUGGUCCAGGUGGUAUAGUGACCGACUCUGCGCCUCCGGAGGGCCAAACCCAGGGUGGCGGCCCCACUGGGCAGAUUGCAUCUCAGACGGUGGCCAACCAGAGUGCGUAUGCACUGAGCGAUUACCUGAGCACGCCAACAGAGUACCUCACAUCCAUGCAGCAGCAGCUGCAGAACCAGAUCCAGCUCAACCAGCAGCAGAUGGCCAGCAACCCCGAGUAUAAUCAGAUGGUGCAGCUAGGCGGGUCCAUUUUGCAUGGCCAGCAGUCGCAUCCGCCGCAUCCUCAGAAUCCUCAGAAUCCGCAGCACGCUCAGUCUCAGCAACAACUCCCGCAGCAGCAGCAGCUACCCCAAAAGAUCAAGGACGAAAACGACGAUUCUCAAUCUUCCGAUUUCCCGCUCGACUACUUCCCACCUUCAAACCCCAUGGAUAUGCCGUAUCUGGACUCGCUGUAUGAGCAGGCCCCUUUGUCGGCGACAUAUGCGGCUUUCCCGUUUGAUCAGAGUAUGAACGCCGCCACGGCUCUGAUGUCACAGCAGCAGGGCCAACCGACGCCCUCGACACAGGCUGCACAUCCGGGUUCCAACGCCUCAGCGGCACCUAACAACAAGCAGUACCCAUCAUCAAUCAUCCCGGACUACCCGGACUACGAGCUGGAGCACCAGACGUACAUCAUCAACGGCAAGGUGAUCCAUGGAACGGACUACCGGCAGAACAUGGUGAUCAAGACGCCGCUAUUCUGGGACUUUGUGGAAGGCAAAGAUGGCCAGGGACCCCAGCAGCCGGCUCUACCUCCUUCCUCACAGUCCCAGCAGUCGAUCCACGACUCUUCGGACGAAUCCGAGUCCAAGAAACGGACGAGUUCAGAGUUUGAGCGAGACGAGCGGGGCGUCAAGCGGGCCAAGAGUGGUCUUUUUGAAAAGCCAGACUCCGACGGCCCCCCAAACAACAUCACACAGUCGGAUUCUGCGUCUAUUUCUGUGCCUGCCUCUGUGCACGACGAAAACAACGAGUCGUACAUGUUGCAGUCGGGUCCUCCGGUUUCCGAGGUGCCCAAGUCAUACAGAAACACGUCGUUGGCGGCUUCUCUGGCUCGCAACGGCAUCACUAAAAAGGGCAAGGUUCCGCCGCCUCUGAGUCUGGCCAAACCCGGCAUGGCGCCUCAGCCGGUGUAUCAAGGAGGAGUAGGAGGAGGACAUCAUGGUCAUGUGGGGCAUGGAGGUACCCAUUCGGGCCCCCACGAGUCUGCCGGCACAUCCGAGUAUUCCACCAUCAUUGGAGAAGAUGGACUUCCUCACUACGUUCAGAGGGAGUAG